AUGCGUCCGCUAAAUGAGAGCGACUUCGUGGAUGCGCACGACCUCCCGCGGGACGAGAGUCUGGCCCGCGUGGAGAUCGCGCUGCUCGGUGCGAUCUUCGUGACCGCCGCCUUCUUCAACACCGCCCUGCUGCUGCUCCUCUGGCGGCAGCGCAAGCAGAUGUCCAGGAUGCGCGUCUUCGUCUUCCACCUGUGCCUGGCGGACCUGGUGGUCGCGUUUUUCCAGGUGUGCCCGCAGCUCAUGUGGGACAUCACGGACCGGUUCGUGGGACCCGACCUGGUGUGCCGCCUGGUGAAGUACCUGCAGGUGCUGGGCAUGUUUUCCUCCACCUACAUGAUCGUGGUGAUGACGGUGGACAGAUACCAGGCCAUCUGCAACCCGAUGGUGAAGUUUCAGCGGGCGCGCUCAAGACUGAACGUCCCCGUGUGCGUGGCGUGGGGGGUUUCUGUCGUGGGCAGCUUGCCGCAAGUUUUCAUCUUCUCCCAAGUGGAGGUCGCGCCCGGUGUGUUCGACUGCUGGGCGGAGUUCAUCCAGCCCUGGGGGCUGCAGACCUACAUCACCUGGACAACUCUGGUCAUUUUCAUCCUGCCGGUUUCCACGGUUGUCGUUUGCCAGGUGCGCAUCUGCAGAGCCAUUCAGACCAACCUGUCCAGAAAGACCCACAGGCAGGGAGUGAGCGUCGGGGCGCCGCUGCCGGCGAGAGCCAGCGGCGCGGCCGGCAUGUCCAAAGCCCGGGUGAAGACGCUGAAGAUGACCGUGGUCAUUGUGUUGGUGUACAUCUUCUGCUGGGCUCCCUUCUUCACCGUCCAGCUGUGGUCCGCCUGGGACGCAGACGCGCCUAAAGAGAAUGCGAUUUUCACCAUCCUGAUGCUAAUGGCCAGCCUGAACAGCUGCGCCAAUCCCUGCAUCUACCUCCUGUUCUGCGGGGAGUUCCCCAAGAGGCUGGUGAAACUCCUGCGUCCGCCGCCGCUCUCUGUCGCAAUCAUCAGGAGAGCAAAUCAGGGAUGGAUGGCCGUGAAUGAGAUGUGGACAGAGUCUCCGUCAGAUGUUGGCCUGAAAGGUGAUUUUACUUAAACGGAGCAUUUUCAACUGGAUAUUUCUAAAGCCUGGAAGAGAGGGGACUUUUGUGGGCUCUUAUUUUUAUUUUCAGUAGCACAAUGUUUUAUUUUGUUUCAUAUAUACAAAGGUUUGUGGAAAGAAAUAUUACAGACACAACAAAUUGUACCACAGAUUGAUACUCAUUUGUUGGAUCUGGGUUUCAUUCUUCGAUAACAAGCUGCUGGAAAAGCCAAAGAACAAAAGUCUUUGUAUAAAUAGUUUGAUGUUUUUGUUCUGAAAAAAGUGUCCAUGUUUGUUGUGAUGAAGGUGAAUUUUCUGACAAGGGAAGAAUAAAUCUAUAAAGGCACCAUUUAUGUUUCUUUCUAAGGUCAUAUGAAAUGAUGAUAUUAUAGGCAUAAACUUGAAAUGAAUCGUGUGUCACUUUGUAUUCCCAACGAACAAUCCCAACUUAUGUUACAACCAUAAACUUCAAUGUAUUUCGUUGGGAUAUGUGACAGACCAUAAUAAAUUAUUAUAUAAUUGUGAAAUAGAAUUUGAAUAAAUUGUUUUCAAAAUGUUUUAUUAAAUAAACUGAAUGGAAACUGA